AUGAGAUGGGACUUACUGUGCAGUGGAUUAUACCUUGCAGAGGUUGUCUCUGCAAUCGACUAUGGAACAUUCGUCAACCCCGCCAGCAACACUCGCACGAAGUUCCGGUACUGGCUGCCGGAUGCGAGCGUUGAUAUCGCGACUGUCCAAAACGACAUCAAAGCGGCCGGUGCACUGGGCGCAGGAGGAAUAGAGCUUGUACCUCUAUACAACUACGGCGCAUCGCUAGCAGGACCACCGAAGGGCGCUGACUGGGCAACCUAUGGCUUUGGAACCCAGUCAUUCGCAAAAGUGUUCAAAGCCUCCUUGCAAGCAGCAAAGGAAGCCGGAAUGCGCAUGGACUUUGCACUUGGCCCCAGUGCAGGACAAGGAGUCCCGGCGGAGACCACUGACCCGGGUUUACACUGGGACUUGACACCUUUCAACACCAGUGUUCCACACAAUGGCAGUUACAUAGGUCAAAUUCCUGGAUGGGGAGCUGGGGAGCUUGUGGCCUUGGUAUCUGCUAGUUCCAUUGAUAGGUCUAGAAUCACGAACCCGUCGAGUGACCUCUUUUCCACUCCCGCCAACAAUGCAACUCGUCUAGUCCUCGAUACUGACUCACUUGUUGAACAUACAGACAAGGUUCGAUCUGAUGGAACUGUGGCUUUGUCAUUGAACAACGGAACCGAGCACUAUUCUACACAUCAUCUGUUUGCAUUCUACCAAUAUCAGGAUCUGGCUAAGAACCUCGACAUUGAAACCAACACAACGGGAACUAUCUUUGAUAAUGGAUCCUACACUGUGGAUCAUUAUAGCUCUCGAGGAGCAGAAACAGUCAAGAACUUCUGGGAGAACCAUAUUCUCAAUGAUACCGAGAUCAUGUCCCUCUUAGGCGAGGUUGGGACGUAUGGCUGGGAGGACAGUAUCGAGGUCAAGUCCAACAUCUCUUGGACUCCUUCGCUCCCAGAGAAAUUCGAGAAGAUGCACGGGUAUCGUGUUCACAAAUAUCUACCUCUGAUGAUGUAUGGAAACAACAACCCCGGUGUACAGCCAUCAUACCCAGGAAAAUUGAAAAGUGUCACAGACGGCAAUCAAAGAGGGAGAGGCUUUGUCAAUGAUUUCCGUGCAACUUUGGCUGUAGGCUAUGGUGACUACCUGGAUACCUUGACAUCCUGGAUGCAAAAUCUUGGAUUGCAGUUCUCGGCUCAAGUCUCCUAUAACCUGCCGUUGGAUAUGGAGACAAACAUCGACCGAGUGGAUGCCCCUGAGUGCGAAAGUCUUGCAUUUAAUGACAAUAUUGAUGGGUAUCGGCAAUUCUCGGGGGCAGCCAAUAUCGCCCAGAAACAAGUGAUCUCAAACGAGAUGGGAGCCGACCUAGAGAAAGCCCUGGCCCUUCCCGUGGGGGAACUUUUGGGCCAGAUCAACAUUGCUUUCUCCGGCGGCGUGAACCAGGUCGUGUUGCAUGGGCAAACCUUCACGGGCGACUAUUUCGAGACUACCUGGCCCGGGUAUCUAGGCUUCUUCUUGCUUUUCUCGGAGUCAUACAUGGACAAACAGCCGGCCUGGUUGCUCGGAUACCCAGAUGCAUUUGGGUACAUCAAUCGGAACCAGUAUAUCCUUCAUCAGGGUCAGCCUCGUACCGAUGUCGCUUUCUUCAAUAAGGUGUCCUAUACCGAUCCUUACAUGGGCACUCUAUAUUCAGAGAGUGACUUGGUUAACAGCGGUUAUACUUAUACCUACGUGAACCCAAGCAAUCUCAAUCUCACUCAGUCCUUCGUAUCUGACAGUAUACUGGCCCCCGAAUCACCAGCUUAUCAGGCCCUGGUAGUUACCGCUCAGGAGAACGUGACCCUGGAAGCAGUCACGAGAAUCCAAGAAUUCGCCGACGCUGGUCUGCCGGUGCUUCUCAGCGGCGGAUUACCAGGAUACUAUCCGAAUGGGAAUUCCUCCGAUCGCGAUGCUGUCUCCGCGGCACUCAAGAAACUGAAGGGAUCCAACAAUGUGCAUUCUACUUCGAAUGGAGAAAUCAGCUCCAAGCUCAAGGCUCUCAAAAUUCGCCCGCGCGUUGAGACUAUCAUGUCUAAUAAUGCCACGUGGUACCCAAUCAUGCGCACCGACAAUUCCACCGACUAUGUGUAUGUCUUCAGCAAGAAUGUCGCAGCCGAGGGGUAUCUUCGUGUGAACUCCACGAAGACUCCAUACGUUCUGAACAGUUGGACCGGGGAGAGAACUGCGCUGCUCAACUAUCGAGUCCAAGGAAACACAACGAUAUUUCCGCUAAGCUUGGCUGCGAACCAAACCGCCGUCGUAGCCUUUUCUGACGACUGGACAUCUGAAAUCGACACACCGUCUUCACACGCAGUCUUGACUCCUACAAACAUGUUGGGAUAUAACUUCACCACUUCCAAGGGCCUGGUUGUUCACACGGCCACUGGUUCCAACUCCAAAAACCACACCUUGAAGCUAUCCAAUGGCAAGACAUACCGAGCUACCCAAAACGCAGAUGUCCCUCCAUUCAAAUUGCAAAAUUGGACUCUGACAGCCGAGCACUGGCAAAAACCAGAGAACAUGUCCGACGUCACAAUCAUCGCCGAGAAACACAACACCACCCACCAUUUAACAUCAUUAGUGUCAUGGCUGGAGAUCCCUGGUCUACAGAACGCGUCAGGAGUCGGAUAUUAUACCACUCAAUUCUCCUGGUCAUCCAGAUCUUCAAGCAAGACAAGCGCAGUCGACGGAGCCUAUAUCUCCUUUCCACCAAUCUCCCACGGCCUCAAGCUGUAUGUCAACGGUCAGAUUGUGCCGACGUUAGACUUUGCGAAGCCCAUGGUUGACGUUGGUUCCUUCUUGCGAGAAGGUACCAACAAAGUGACUGCUGUUGUGCCGACACUGAUGUGGAAUUAUAUCCGCAGUAUCUACGAUGAGAUUGAGAUUUCGGGCUCGACGCCUUUGUUGACCACUCUGCCAGGAAACGUGGAUACUGGGAUGAUUGGAGAUGUUGAUGUCAUUCCUUACACCAGCCAUCAUAUUAUCAUCUAA